GCUAGUCCAGGUGAAUGGAGCCCAGACUCUGAUCUGUGCUGUCUCAUGCAGGGCUGGUGCCAGUGUCGAUGUCUGGCUCUGCUACCUGGAGGCUGGUAGUGCUUCAGUUCUGCAACAUUCAACUUCAUGUCUGCCUACGCAGAAGAUCUAAGGUCAUCAAGAUUCAAGGCGCACUGAAAUGCUAGCAUUGGCCUUCGUAGAAAAUUUUACUUUGGUUGCUGCCCAGCUUUUAACAGGCUUCGUUUGCUGCUUUCUUCUGACUUCAUAAUGGAGCUCAUGGAUUCAGUGAGCAAGUCUAGAUGUGGUGCCCCUUGGACAACUCCGUCAACGAUUGGCCAAGACCAGUUUCGCAAUAUCUGCAGUGACGCUGGUGUUCCCUGCUUCUCCAAAACGUCUUGCACCCUCUCCCAGCACAGUCCGAGCAGAUAUUGGAGUUGCAGAGGAUCUGUGCAUGCAAUCAAUCUAUCUGCACAGAGAGCUUCUGGUUGGAGGGAGGGAUUACCAAGUGUUGCAUCUAGGCGGACCUCACAUCAAAGGAGGCACAUACUUGUGGCGCAAGCUCUUAAAAUCAAUCGAUCGAGUACCCUCGAGCCGAACGAGUUGGAAAGGGGUAAUGACGAUGACGAAGUCUGUCCACUGGAGUGCGUCAAAGAGAUCUACAGCCAGGACGAGCUUCAACAUCACCUGGACGAGGCUGGUCCAAAUUCGCUCGUGGUGGUCGACUUCUUCCGCACGGCAUGUGGCAGUUGCAAAUAUAUUGAGAAAGGCUUCAUGAAGCUGUGCAAAGGAGAAAGCAAAGAUGAAGAGGAGGGGGGCCAGCACCAUGUCGUCUUUCUCAAACAUAACGUCAUGAACGAAUAUGAUGAACAGAGUGACAUUGCCGAAGACCUUCGAAUAAAGGUGGUGCCCUUAUUCCACUUCUACAAAGGUGGGAAGUUGGUAGACUCAUUUGCAACUCGUGAUAAGAAUCGACUUCUUGCAACUAUUUAUCGACAUACCAACAGGGAGUCGGAAAUAUCAAAGUUGUCGCAAGCAUAGAUACCUAGCACUUUUGAACGGAGCUAGGCCCGAAGCAGGCCCAGGUGCUAGCAGCUACCGGGUGUGAUACGGUAUUGUGAGCUCGAUAAAAGAAAACGAUGUAAUACAAUCCCACCAGCGGAUACACUAGCAGAAUCUAAUCAAGCUUAGUGUGUACCCUUAAACAUCGACCAUGCUCUUUGAGGGUCGGAGUACAUAAUGUCAUGUAGCGGGGAAGUGCCGGCCCGGUGUUGCCAGCCGUCCAAUUACCGAGCUGGCCGGCUUAUACAUUGGAACAUGUUGUACGGCCCGGUAGUUCAGUAGUUUAUUAGCAAUUACUGGCGGCAGGCUUACUAUAAAUCGUCCGUACACUGUGACAUACUAUGUCAUGCCAACUUCGAAUAGUAACGU